GCUGUGUAGUGCUGGACAACGAGAUACUGACCAGAACAACAGAAAAGCAUCCCCAAAGCUUCCGCCCCCCAUGGCGUCGUCUUCGCCGCCGAAGCUGCCGGUCCCCGGCCGCCGCAACAUACUCAUCACCAGCGCGCUGCCCUACGUCAACAACGUCCCCCACCUGGGGAACAUCAUCGGCUGUGUACUCAGCGCCGACGUGUUCGCGCGCUACUGCCGGCUGCGCGGGUACAACGUGAUCUACAUAUGCGGGACCGACGAGUACGGGACGGCCACCGAGACCAAGGCCAUGGAGGAGAAGUGCUCGCCCAAGGAAAUCUGCGACAAGUACCAUGCUAUCCAUAAUGAAGUUUACAAGUGGUUUAACAUAAAAUUUGAUAAGUUCGGGCGGACGUCCUCUCCUCAUCAGACAGAAAUAUGCCAAGCAAUUUUCCAUAAAUUGAUGGAAAACAACUGGCUCACAGAAAAUACCAUGCAGCAGCUGUACUGUGAUACGUGUCAAAGAUUUUUGGCCGACAGGCUCGUGGAAGGAGCAUGCCCAACAGAAGGCUGUAAUUAUGAAGCAGCGCGAGGAGAUCAGUGUGAAAAGUGUAGCAAAUUGUUGAAUCCAACUGAACUAAUUGAUCCAAAGUGUAAGGUUUGUAAGAAUACUCCACGUAUUCGUGACACAGAUCACUUGUUCUUGGAGCUUCCCCUAUUGAGAGACAAGUUGGUAAACUAUAUAAAUGAAACUUCUGUAGCGGGUAUGUGGAGUCAAAAUGCCAUUCAAGCAACAAAUGCAUGGUUGAAGGAAGGACUAAAGCCCCGAUGUAUUACCAGAGAUCUUAAAUGGGGAGUUCCUGUUCCACAUGAGAAGUUUAAAGACAAGGUGUUCUAUGUUUGGUUUGAUGCUCCGAUUGGUUACAUAUCUAUCACGGCAUCCUAUACACCUGAAUGGGAGAAAUGGUGGAAGAAUCCUGAUAAUGUAGAGUUGUUCCAGUUCAUGGGCAAAGAUAAUGUGCCAUUUCACACAGUCAUGUUCCCUUCAACACUACUUGGGACUGGCGAAAAUUGGACAAUGAUGAAGACCAUAAGUGUUACUGAAUAUUUAAAUUAUGAAGCAGGAAAAUUCUCCAAGAGUCAUGGUAUCGGAGUCUUUGGUAAUGACGCAAAGGAUACAAAUAUUCCUCCUGAAGUAUGGCGAUACUACCUGCUUAUGAAUCGCCCUGAGGUAUCAGAUACACUCUUUACUUGGGCCGAUUUGCAAGCCAAGUUGAACAGCGAGUUGCUGAACAACUUGGGAAACUUCAUCAAUCGUGUGCUAAGCUUUAUUGCGAAACCAUCUGGAGCUGGAUAUGAUUCAAUCAUACCUGAUGCUCCUAACGCUGAGUCACAUCCAUUGACAAAAGCGUUUGCAGAAAAAACUAGUAAAUGGGUCGAACAAUAUCUUGAUGCAAUGGAAAAGGUCAAACUGAAACAAGGACUGAAGAUUGCAAUGGGCAUCUCUAGCGAUGGAAAUGCGUAUCUGCAAGAGAGCCAAUUUUGGAAACUUUACAAGGAAGAUCCAGGAACAUGUGCGAUUGUGAUGAAAACUUCAGUUGGUCUUGUCUACCUCCUUGCCUGUCUGCUCGAACCUUUCAUGCCUUCCUUUUCUAAUGAAGUGUUACGGCAAUUAAAUUUGUCCCAUGAAGAAAAUUUGUCAUUCAAUGAAGAUAAAGGAGAAAGCGCAAGGGCAAAAACUCCUUGGGAUUUUGUACCAGCAGGGCACACAAUAGGAAAGCCUUCACCUCUAUUUAAGGAAUUGGAAGAUGAAGAAGUGGAUCACCUUAGGGAAAAAUAUGCAGGCAGUCAAGCUGAGAGGGGCUUGAAAGCGAUAGCUGAUGCUGAAGCCACCGAAGCUGCUAACCAGCUCAAGGGCACAAAGUUGUCUGAUGGAGGUCCGAAAAAGGAACAGAAGAAGCAAUCUGGUAGUUCAAAAUCAAAGACGGGAGAGGCAGAAGUUUCUGUUGCAAAGUUGGAUAUCCGGGUAGGGCUUAUCAGAAAAGCUGAGAAGCAUCCAGAUGCUGAUUCCCUUUACGUAGAGGAGAUUGAUGUUGGAGAGGAGGCACCAAUAACAGUGGUUAGCGGCCUUGUCAGAUACAUUCCUCUUGAAGAAAUGCAGAACCGGAAAGUGUGCGUUCUCUGCAAUCUGAAACCAGUGGCAAUGCGCGGUAUAAAAUCACAUGCAAUGGUUUUGGCUGCAUCAAAUGAGGACCAUACCAAGGUUGAGUUGGUUGAGCCACCGGCGGCAGCUGCCGUGGGGGAGAGGGUCACCUUUGCUGGGCACUCGGGAGAGCCUGAGGCUUCUCUUAGUGGCAAGAGCAAGGUGUGGGAGAAGCUAGCUGCUGACCUGCACAGUAACGGAGAGCUUGUGGCGUGCUACAAAAACGUCCCGUUCGCCACUUCGGCUGGUGUAUGCAAGGUCAAGACUAUAGCAGAUGGAGAAAUUCGCUAGACGUUGUGCAAAAGUGCAGCCUGACUGAGUUGUCUGAUUUUACUGAGAUUGUUAGUAUUGCUGCUUACAUUUUCUUGGGAAUUUUGAUCCUUUGAUUUGAAAAUCUGUAUUUAGAGAAAUGACAAUACCGAUAAAAAGAUAUAGUAAUUUCCUGGGGGAUUGGGACA